AUGGCGGCAGCGCCGGGUCGGACAAGCAGCACUAGGCCCAGCGGCACCUGGCCCAGCAGCUGAUCGAUUUGAUUAAAAUAAAAAAAAUUUGCUUGGCCCAGCCCACACAAAAACGACAGCGUUGACGUUUUAGCGCACGCAGGCUAGGAAACACCCAGCAUAAACAAAGGCCCGCUGGCUGGCGAGCCCACCUGCCGAUGUGACCGCGCACUUUUCUUUUUCUUUGCUCGCCCCUUUUUGUAAGGACUUUUUCACUUUUCCCAUUCACCAUCUCGGCCCCAGCCUCCGUGCCUGCUUCGCCCCCAUCGAACCAGCGAUUCCGAGUAAUUUGAAGACCUCAACCCCAGUUUCAGUUCCAGUUGAAAAAUGUCGGACAACAAGGCAGUUGACAUCAAGAACGACGGCGAGAAGCACGUCGACACUGCGCCCACUCCCCAGAACACCCCCAUUUUCAACGCGCCCAUCGCCGCUGCUGCCGCCGCUGCUGCCGCCGCCGGUGGUGACGAUAUCACCCCGGUGCAGAACGCAGCGCUGCUGAGCAUGCUGCAGGGCCGCCUGGGCAACCUCAUUGGCGCCUCGUCGGGCUACGUCGAGUCUCUGCCGAAGGAGGUGCGUGCGCGCGUGGACAGCCUGCGUUAUCUGCAGAAGCAGCACACCGAGAUUGACGCCAAGCUGCACCUCGAGAUCCUCGAGCUCGAGAAGAAGUACCAGAAGCUGUAUGCGCCGCUAUACGCGCGCCGUACCGAGAUCAUCAGCGGCUCGACUGAGCCCACCGAUGAGGAGAAGGCCCAGGGCGCCGCGAUUGCUGCCGAGGAGAAGGGCGACGAGGAGCCCGAGUCGGGCAUCCAGGAGGUCAACGAGGACGACGACGAGGAGACCCCCAGCGGCAUUCCCGACUUCUGGCUGACGGCCCUGGGCCAGCACCCGCAGCUCAGCGAGCUGAUCACCGAGCGCGACGAGGAGGCCGUCAAGUUCCUGCGCGACGUGCGCAUGGCGUAUCUCGAGGACAAGCCCGGUUUCCGCCUGGACUUUGUCUUUGCCGAGAACCCGUUCUUCGAGAACGAGGUCCUGAGCAAGGUCUACUACUACGAGCAGUCCGAUGUCAGCGGCAACCUGCAGUUUGGCAGCGCCGUGGGCACCGAGAUCAAGUGGAAGCCUGAGCACGACCUGAGCGUCACCAUCGAGACCAAGAAGCAGCGCCACAAGGCCACCAACCGCACGCGCGUUGUCAAGAAGACCGUGCCUGCCGAGACCUUCUUCUCGUUCUUUGCCACCAUCGAGGAGCCCGAGGUCGACGACGACUCGGAGCUGGCCGAGGAGACCCGCGACCGCAUCGAGCUCGACUACGAGCUGGCCGAGGAGUUCAAGGAGAAGAUCAUCCCCAACGCCAUCGACUGGUUCACCGGCAAGGCCCUCGAGUACGAGGGACUCGACGACGAGGAGUACGACGACGAGGACCUCGACGACUACUACGACGACGAGGACGACGACGAGGAUGACGACGACGAGGACGACGACGACGACGAGGACGCCCUCAGCCGGUCUGCCAAGGAGGCGUCGGAGCCCCCCCAGUGCAAGAACCAGUAGACGCAUUUAGCCCAGAUAAACCGUUGGCUUAUGAAAUCGACUUUAUUCAAAAAUCUACUGAACAAGGAGCUCGCCAAAGUUCUCCAAAAAGUACACGGCUCCCGCAAACACGCCGACGCCGUAUGCGACGCCC